UCACCACUUUUCCCCUCUCCCUUCUACCUGCUUCCUACAAACGUCACCGACCCCCACGCGUGACGUGCUCCUGCCGAGCUCUCUGCGGAGAAGCACCUCCUCUCUCUGCUCAAACACCUCCGGGACGGUGAUCAUGAUUCGUUUGCUUGGACUCGGCCUGCUGGCCGCCUCGGCCAAAGCGAGGGAAAUCGCGGUCGCGGCCGGGGAGGACUUCGAGGCGGUCUGCCUAAAGGUGGUCGAGCCCGGAGACAGCUGCUACCUUGCGAAGGGCGACUACUACCACGACGGGAUCACCUCCACCCACGGUACGGCGGACGCGCCCAUCACCAUCACCGGGGACUCGGCCGCGUGCAUCAAGGGCUCCAACACCCAGGACCGCGUGCUGCAGAUCGCCCACGACUACUACAUCGUGGAAGGCAUCUGCUUCGACGGCGAUCAUGAUGGCGACAACCCGCCGAAUGUGGCCACCGCCAUCUACGUCCUCGGCGCGGACAAGAAGAGCACAAAGAACGGCGUGACUUCCUCCGUGACCGGCUUCAAGAUGAUCGACCUCGAGAUCAAGAACUUCGGCAGCGAAUGCGUGCACUUCCGGUACUUCGUGACCCACUCCGAGGUCACCGGCUGCACUAUCCAGCACUGCGGCAUGGAAGCCUUCGAAGAUGGCGGGGGUGGAAAGGUGGGGGAGGGGAUUUACGUCGGAACUGCCCUCGACCAGGUCGAUGACGGAAAGGCGCCGGAAGUCAAGAUCAGGACCGGAUCUGCGGACAACGUGGACGCCGACGAGUGCAACUACAACUGGAUCCACCACAACACCUUCCGCACGUACGGCAACGAGUGCGUGGACGUGAAGGAGGGCAGCGCGCACAACCUGAUCGAGCACAACGUGUGCGAGCAGCAGAAGGACCCCAACUCGGGAUGCAUCGGCUUCCGCGGUUCGGACAACACGGCUCGCUUCAACGAAAUCGCCGAGUGCUUGGGGGCCGGUAUCCGCGUGGGCGGCGACGACGACUUCGGCGAGAACAACCACUUGUACGGCAACGCCAUCCAGAGCUGCGGCAACGGCGCGUUCAGCGUCAUGUCCCCCAACCAGGGGGUGGUCUGCGAGAACGUGAUCUCGGACGUUGACGCCAUCUCGUUCGGCGCGUACGACCAGGACCAGGACCAGUUCACGGAGGCGGUCGCCACCGGCGACUGCUCGAGCUACCCGGGCGACAUCGAGGGCGUCAGCUCGACCCCCGACAGCGCCGACGACGACGACGACGGCGGCGCCGAAGGAGACGCUCUCACCACGGACGACGAUCUCGAGGCCGGGGUCAACUUCGCGGACGAAGCCAAGGACAGCGAGCCGGAGAUCGAGGUAAUCGAGACGAACGAGUCGGCGGGCUCGAGCGGGCUCGGCGACUGCGCGUCCGUGGCCGCGGUCGGGAAGACCAGCGUGCAGCACCCGGACUACGCCGACGGGAGCACCUCGGUGGAGAACCUGUUCGACAGCGACGUGGACUCGUACUACUCGAUCCACCGCGAGAGCACGUACAUCACCCUGGAGCUCGAGGACGAGGUGGAUGUGAACGGCGUGGCGAUAGGCUUUUUCAUGAAGGCGGCCGAGGAGGAGCGCAUCCAGACUUUCGACGUGGCCGUGCGAUCGGCGGACGACGACGAUUGGACGACGGUCAUCUCCCGCAAGGAGUCGUCGGGCGAGAUGACGGUCCAGACCUUCCCCUUCUCCUCCCGUCCCGCCCUCUAUGUGCGCUUCGAGACCCACGGCAACUCGUUCAACAACUGGUCGGCCUUCACGGAGCUUGAGGUGUGCGUCGAGGCGGCGGCGGAAUCGAACGCCCUGUUCGGCGGCCUCCAGGCGCUAGACAGCGAGCUCGAGGCGCUCGCCGGCGCCGUCUGCGACGCUCCCGCCAAGCUCAGCCCCGUGAGCGUGCACGCGAGCGGCCAGGACGACGUGAGGGUGGUGUUCGACGGCAACUUCGACACGCGGUGGUCCACGACUAACACUCAGAACGAGUCGGACCUUUCAAACGACAAGGUGAUCUUCACCUUCGGCGGCGACAUGAUGGUCUCCACCGUGCAGAUCAGCUUCUACGACGGGGACCUCGCGCACCAGAUCUUCUCCAUCUACACGCAGAGCGCCAGCGACCGCAGCUGGACGCCGGUGCUGCUCGAGGAGCACGCGGCCAGGGAUGUCGCGCUCCAGACCUUCACCCUGGACAUGGACGGCGUCCACAAGCUGUACGUCGUCGGCAAAGGCAACGAGGUCGGGGCUUACUCCAAGUUCUCCGAGAUCGAGGUGCACGGCUGCUAA